GGUAGCCCUUUGUCAUAUACCAUCACCUCUGCUGAACCUUUGCAAUAAUUGUGUUGAUAAGAAAGGAUUAUUAGCCUUUUGUGUUUGUUUUGUUUUAUAUUUUGCCUUUUUUUUUUAGAUAAAGAAGCCAAACCCAAUGAUAUUAAAGGAUUUAUCAAUGUCAUAUGAUGGCUGUUAAAGAUUUAGGAUAUAUAUGAAUGUCUUCCAGCUCCAAGUCCAGGUGGUUUUCCUUUUAUAAACAUUGUGCCACAUUGUACUCUGUAAUCCUGAACUAAUUUAAAAUAAAGAAAAAGCAGUUUAUGAUUGCAAAAGUAAUUGUGUUAGUUAAGAGGUCAGAAAUCCUUUGACUGAAAAAAUCCAGAGAGGCUUCAGUGACAAUGUAUUUAGCAGGACUUUUAAAGAUGAACAGGAUUUAUCUGGGCAGGGAAAGGUGAUAGGUAAGCCAAGAAGAGGGACAUGAGGCAGAAAAGUACAAAGUCUGUUUAAAGAAUAAUGAUGACACCAGUAUUCUUUGGCUGUUCGGAUUCUGGAUUCCAAUCCAACUGAAUGAGGCAUCUUAACUUCCUAGGUGUGAGAAUCAUUAUUUAUGGUGGAAGGACCACAGGGGUUCCUUUCUUUGCUUCAUACUCUUGAACAAAAUCCACCGUUCAGUCAGGAAGACAAGACUGCAGGUAUCGACUUGGUGGGCCCGAAGGUGGGAGUUCCCGGGCCAGGGUGUAUAGACCCCCAUGUUUACCUUGUGAGGACAUUGCAAUACUUGUUCUAGGUUAGUUGGGAGCAGCUUCUGCCACCUUAGGGAAAUACGGGUAAAUGGCGUGCAGAACCACAGAAAAAUAGUGCACUUCAGAAAGCGUUCGAGUUCAAGACCAGUGAGAAGUGAACAUAAGAGCGGGGAACAAAACCUGGAAGUUAUAAAGGUGAUUCUUAAGGAUGAAAAGACGCCGAAGAUGGGGACUGGUUUAGAACCUACCUGGGCAUCAGCGGCCAGGCCCCUCCCUAGACCUGAACCUCCAGGCCGGCGCCUCUGUGACGUGGCUGGCCGGCCCUUGCCUGGGUGCCGGCCUGGAGGGCGGGGCCCAGAGCCGGCGGCGCCGCGGAGCCGGGAGCAGGGCCAUGGUUCUGGUGGCGCAGCCUGCCGGCGGGUCCCAAAGCACUGAAAUUAAAACCCAGCAGUCUAAGGAAAGAAGCCUUAGGGCACCGCCGAGACGGGGCCCGCGCUCCGUGCUCAAACUGUCCCUGCUGUUGCUCGAAGCCAUCGCCGAGCACAAAAGGCUGACUCUGGCCGUCCUCAAGAAGGAGCUCGGAAACGCGGGCUACGACGUGCGCAGGACGCGCGGCCGGCCCUGCGGCGGGGCGCCCGGGAAGGCCGAGAAGGGCGCGCUCCUCCGGGUCAGCGGCGGGAACGCCGCCGGCUGCUUCAGGGUGUGUAAGAUGCUGAAGCCGAAGAGAAAGCGGGGACACCCGAGGCUGCGGGAAGGCGCCCCAUCUCACAGGAGGGCCCCUGGGGGGCCGCGGAGCCCGCGCCGCAGGGCGACCAGGAAAGCCUGGGAAGGGUGGAGACGCCACCCGAGAGCAAGGGCCGGGCUGAGGAGCGGAAGGCUCCGAGCCAGGGCUGCGGGGCACUCCAGAGCCAAGGAGGAAGCGAGGGCCAAGGUGAUGGGCAAGGGGAGAGCCCGGAACAAGAAGGAGAAAGGCAGGCCUAGGACCCAAGACAGGAAGCCACGCUGGAGGGCCAGAGAAGAGAGGAAGCAGGACGCGGAGAAGCCGGUAAAACGGACCACCCACCACACAACCUCCAUCAAAACUGACUGGACUUCCACUAGGCAGGCGAAGACUCGUGACUCAAGGGUCACUUGCACCAAGACCCACUAAAUCUGAAGGUCCUGGGAAUGCAGCCGGUAAUCCAUAGUAUGGGAACAACUUCCCUUCCUCCAGGCACAGAUGCCUUUACCCAUAGGCUCCAAAGAGAGCCUCUCUCACAUUCACUGGAAUGGACAAUACUAUUCACAAGAUCUUUCCACCACAUUGUGUCUGUUUCGUCUUUGCACACCUGGAAGGGAAAGGGCGGGUAUUGAAAUGAGACCUGUAGCAGGGGCGACUGGUGGGUGAAGAAGGCAAAAGGAGUUGAGAUUCUGUUCCUGCUGCAGAACCCAGGAAAGUACCUUUCCGGAAGAAAGAAGAAAACAGGUGGUAGAAGAGGAGCAGUGACUUCACAGGAUUACACAGAGGUGUUGAAUUAACGUUAGACACCCGAGCAAACCCAAAUUAAGUUUUGAGAAGGAGAGCAUAUAAGGAGAGAAGUGGGGGCAUCACUGGAACAAGAGAUUACACAGCCUUUAACCUGAGUGGUCCCAUUACUCCAAAGUGUCUUUGCCUAAUACUCCUUUUAGGAAAAAGUCCCUUCCCCCAAAAUUAAUUGUUAAGGGGUUUGUAGUUUUUGCCCUGAUCUGAUAAUCUACUUUAACUUUGAAAAUGUUAUAUAUGUUAGUGUUCGGUUAAGUAGAGUGUGUGUGAAAGCAUCUACACAGGACUCAGCACUGUAGGUGCUCAUUGCUGAGUCUAAAUGCGAGUAUAAAUAAUUAAUGAUAUAGUGAUAACAUGCUCUAGCAGAAAACUUUACUGGAUCAGUACUUAAGGAGACCAGGGUUCUAGUCAAAGCCCUGCCACUCUGACAUAGCUGAGUUGUUACUUAGCCAUUUAUAGUCUUGGCUUCCUUCUCUAUAAAAAGUUGGGAUUGGCUAGGAUGAUUUUAAGUGAUUUUUAUGUCAGUAAAAUGACAAGAAGGACUUAAAUAUCAUUACAGAUGCUUUGGUUGACAAAAUUCAAUAAGAGAAUUUAUCAACUGGGAAAGGACUAACUCCUGGAGAGGAAACUAUUAAGAUGUACAGCAUAUCAGAUGGGAAAGGCCAGAUAAUGAAUAGCUGGGUCUUUUGCUUAAUAAAAUGUAUUGAGCACUAUAUACAAAAUAUGGAGCACAUAUAUGAUUCCUUUAUUUAUGAAUGCAGGGAUUAAGAACAGCGUGGGAGUAGUUUCAAUGCCCUAAACAUGACAGGGCACAGAAAUGGUUCCUAGGGAAGUCAACAUACCAGUAACUGAUUGAGGGAAAUGACCUGCUGUUUCCAGCUAAAGCCAGAGGAAUGGGGGGAAAGGCAGUACCUAGAAGGU